UUAUUCAGUUCAUGAAUGGUGAAAAAUGAAUUACAGUAUUCUCUACAUGUCAGCGUUUGCAAAGAACUUUGUUCUUAACUGACUCAAAGGCCUUGUCCUUAUCAAUGACAGGAGGCUGUUUACACGAACACGCCCACCCAACCAGGAAGACGUUUCAAAGUUGCAGCGAUUUCAGGCGAAACGAAACUACGUGAAAACCUGUGAGGCGUUACACAGCACAAACGAAGAAUGGCAGAAGCAGCUCCAAGUAACCACGAACUUAUUACAUGUUCGAUUUGUUUGGAUCUUCUUAGGGAUCCAGUGACUACUAAUUGUGGACACAGUUACUGUAUGGGCUGCAUUACGAGCUUUUGGGAUCAGGAAUAUCAGAAGGGAGUCUACAGCUGCCCCCAGUGCAGACAGACGUUCACCCCAAGACCCGUUUUAAGCAAAAAUCAUAUUUUUGCUGAGCUGGUGGAACAGAUCAAGAAGACCAGAAUCCAAGCUGCUGCUCCUGUUCCGUGUACUGCUGGACCUGGAGAUGUGGAGUGUGAUGUCUGCACUGGGAGAAAACUCAAAGCUGUGAAGUCCUGUCUGGAAUGUCUGGUUUCAUACUGUGAAACUCACUACAAAGCUCACAAUGAACUUAAUCCUGGGCGAAAACACAAGGUGACUGAUGCCACCGGCCAGCUACAAGAGAGGAUCUGCACCCAACAUGAGAAGCCUCUGGAGAUAUUUUGUCGUACGGACCAAAGUUGUGUUUGUUGGCUCUGUCUGGUGGAUGAACACAAAGGCCAUGACACUGUGUCAGCCUCUGCAGGGAGGAGAGAGAAACAGACACACUUCGGGGAGACCCAGAAUCAAAUCCAGCAGAGAAUCCAGGAGAGAGAGAAGGAGCUGCAGGAGCUGAAGAAGGCUGUUGAGACUCUCAAGAGCUCUGCACAGACAGCAGUGGAGGACAGUGAGAGGAUCUUUACUGAGAUGAUCCGCUCCAUUGAGAGAAGGUGCUCUGAAGUGAAAGAGCUGAUCAGAGCUCAGGAGAAGGCUGAGGUGAGUCAGGCUGAAGGACUCCUGAAGCGACUGGAGCAGGAGAUUGCUGAGCUGAAGAGGAGAGAUGCUGAGCUGGAGCAGCUUUCACACACAGAGGAUGACAUCCAUUUCCUCAAGACUUUCCAGUCAGUCAGUGAGACACCUGAUUCUAAAGACUUAUCCUGCAUCUCUGUGAACCAAGGCCUCUCUUUUGAGGCUGUGAAGAAAUCUGUCUCCUCACUAAAGACACAGCUGGAGAAUUUCUGCAAGGAGGAAGUCAUGAAGAUAUCUGCAUCAGGUUAAUCACAUUACUCACAUAUGUUUACAUGUAAUGACUUACUAUACUUUCCCUCUGGAUUGUACUAAUAAGCUAAAUGUGAUGGUGAACUUCAGGAACCUGUAUUUCUCAAUAUCACAUAUUUGUAACAUAUCCUUUGUAUGUCGGUGAAGCUGAGAUA